UAAUAACACCGGAUAUCGAUAACUUUCAUGCCCUUUACCCAGCUGAUAUACACGCCGGUCCAAGGGCUUAAAAAUUAAAUUAUUAUACAGACGAAGUUGAAAUCUUAGCUGGUGACAGCUGUUCUAUUCGAAUUAACAUCAGCUUAAUUAUGGCAGCCACAGUUACGAGGAGGAUACCUAUGGUGGUAAAAAAUGGUGGCGCCAUUCAAGUACGAAAUCUUAUAACGAAGAAGGCAGAAGUGCUCACUGACUUUGAAGCUCAGCAUAAAAUGCCAGUUGCAAAACGUGUGGAUGCCAUCCCUAUAGCUCAGUAUGGAGGACGCCAUGCUGUGACAAUGUUAGCUGGUGGUGGUAUAGGCCCAGAGUUGAUGAAUUACGUGAAACAAGUCUUCAGAGUUGGUGGUGUGCCAGUCGAUUUUGAGGAUGUGCAAAUGAACCCAAAGAGUGAAAGUAAUGAAGAUCUAGAAUACGCAAUAACUUCAAUUAGGAGAAAUGGUGUUGCUAUAAAAGGUAACAUUGAAACUGGCAGUAUGAAUCGAGCUGUAAUAUCACGAAAUGUGGCUUUGCGAAAUGAAUUGGAUCUGUAUGUGAACGUACUCCACUGCAAAUCUUAUCCUGGUAUUCCCACAAGGCAGAAGGGAGUUGAUAUCCUAAUUGUAAGGCAAAACACGGAAGGAGAGUAUGCCAUGUUGGAGCAUGAGAGUGUUACGGGUGUAAUUGAAAGUAUGAAGGUAGUGACACAGGAAAAUUCUGAAAGAGUGGCGCGAUAUGCAUUUGAAUAUGCAAAAAAGCAAGGACGAAAGAAGGUUACUACAAUCCAUAAGGCUAAUAUCAUGAAACUUUCAGAUGGACUGUUUCUGGAAACAUCCCGUCAGGUAGCAAAAGAUUAUCCGAAUAUAGAACAUAAUGAUAUGAUCAUUGACAACUGUUGCAUGCAACUGGUUUCUAAUCCACAUCAGUUUGAUGUUAUGAUAAUGACAAAUUUGUAUGGUACCAUAGUAUCAAAUGUGGUCUGUGGAAUAGUUGGUGGUGCUGGCUUACUAUCAGGAAAGAAUUAUGGAGACCAUUAUGCAGUUUUUGAGCCUGGCACCAGGAAUACAGGAACUGCAAUUGCUGGAAAGAACAUAGCAAACCCCAUUGCAAUGUUAAAUGCUGCUGUAGACAUGCUUGACCAUUUAGGUCAUGUCCAUCAUGCAAAGAUUAUCACAGAUGCUAUUGAUAAAACUGUAAAUGAAGACCGUAUCCACACACCAGAUUUGGGUGGAACUGCAUCAAGUACAGAUGUUGUAGAAAAUAUUCUGAAACAUGUUCAAAAAGCAACAAAGACUAUUUACUGGAUAAAACCAGGAUCAAUGAGGGUUUCUGCUUAGAGACAGCAAAUAAGUAGAAGCAGAUUGCUUUGCAGCAUAAGCACAAUCUUCUACAGUUCAACACACAGAAUGAAAGAGGUCUGAUGAAUACAAGCAAGAGUUAUGUACCUGAUGAGCCAUAGCUGUCCCUUCCAGGGAAGCACCUAUCAUUUUGCAAGUCAUGGGCUGUAGCAGUUGUGUCAUUUACAAACAAGUGUGGAGCGUGUUUUCAAGUUUUUGGAUAAGUGUAAAUGUCUUUGAACUGGUGCUUGAAUAGCUUUCAUUCUUUCGGUUUAGUCAACCAGUCAAAAUGUAUUCUAUUAUUUUAUGCUUCUGUAAAGUUAACUACACACAUCAAAAAAAAGUUUUGCAUCACAUUGGUUCUGAGAGUUCUGGAACCUGUACAGAUAAUUGGAAUAGAGGUCAACAUAAUCAUCAUUUCCACCCUUUUUAUUGCACAUGAAAACCCCAUAUUGCAUGUUGUACCACCAUACAGGGAGACCUCCAGAGGUGGUGGUCCAGAUUUCUGUACACGCUGGUAUCUUUAAUACCCAGUAGCACGACCUCUUGCAUUGAUGCAUGCCUGUAUUUGUCGUGGCAUACUAUCCACAAGUCCAUCAAGGCACUGUUGGUCCAGAUUGUCCCACUCCUCAACAGCGAUUAGGUGUAGAUCCCUCAUAGUGGUUGGUGGGUCACAUUGUCCAUAAACACCCCUUUCCCAUGUAUCCCAGGCAUGUUCGAUAGGGUUAAUGUCUGGAGAACAUGCUGGCCACUCUAGUCGAGCGAUGUCGUUAUCCGGAAAGAAGUCAUUCACAAGAUGUGCACGAUGUGCGAAUUGUCAUCCAUGAAGACAAAUGCCUCACCAAUAUGCUGCCAAUAUGGUUAUACUAUCGGUCGGAGGAUGGCAUUCGCGUAUCGUAGAGCCAUUACGGUGCCUGCCAUAACCAUCAGUGGGGUACGUCAGCCCCACAUAAUGCCACCAGAAAACAGCAGGGAACCUCCACCUUGCUGCACUCACUGGACAGUGUGUCUAAGGUGUUCAGCCUGACUGGGUUGUUUCCAAACACUUCUCCGACGAUUGUCUGAUUGAAGCCAUAUGUGACACUCAUCAUUGAAGGGUACAUGAUGCCAAUCUUGAGCAGUCCAUUCGGCAUGUUGUUGGGCCCAUCUGUACCAUGCUGCAUGGUGUCGUGGUUGCAAAGAUGUAAAUCACCAUGGAUCUCAGGAGUGAAGUUGUGCGUCAUGCAGCUUAUUGCGCAGUUAGUCAUAACACGACGUCCUGUGGCUGCAGGAAAAGCAUUAUUCUACAUGGUGGGGUUGCUGUCAGUGUUCCUCCGAGCCAUAAUCCGUAGAUAGCGGUCAUCCGCUGCUGUAGUAGCCCUUGGGCGGACAGAGUGGGGCAUGUCAUUGAGAGUUCCUGUCUCUCAGUAUCUCCUCCAUGCCCAAACAACAUAGCUUUGGUUCACUCUGAGGCCUGGACACUUUCCUGCUUGAGAGCCCUUCCUGGCACAAAGUAAGAAUGUGGAUGUGAUUGAACUGUGGUAUUGACUGUCUAGGCAUGGUUGAACUACAAGCAACAUGAGCCAUGUACCUCCUUCCUGGUGGAAUGACUGGAACUGAUCGGCUGUUUGACCCCCUCCGUGUAAUAUGCGCUGCUCAUGCAUGGUUGUUUACGUCUUUGGAUGGGUUUAGUGACAUCUCAGAACAGUCAAAGGGACUGUGUCUGUGAUACAAUAUCCACAGUCAAUGUCUAUCUUCAGGAUUUCUUGGAACUGUAGAGAUGCAAAACUUUUUUUGAUGUGUGUAUUUCCUUAUUUACACUAGAUUUUAUCAGAAGAUACAGUUUUACUUUCAGCUGUGCAGAUUAUUAUUUGGUACUGCAAGGAAAAGACUAACAUUUACCUCAUAAAAGCGUAAUGUACUUCACAAAGGUAGGGCACUGCACAUGCUAAGACAUUAGAGAUGAUGAUGAUGAUGAUGAUGAUGAUGAUGAUGAUGAUCUGACCUUCAUUUGUUAGGAAUUGUCCUGGUUAUAGUGCUAUUUUUCUUUACAUUUAUUCAGGUGCCAGUACUUUAUUCUGUAUGCAUCUUCUGUGGGAUCUGCUGUCUUUAUUAUCUCAGUGGACUUAAUCAUGUGCAAUUACUAUUAAAUAAUUUAAGGAGUUAAAAUAAUAUGGUUACCUGACAUUGUCAUAACAACUCAGUGCUUCAAUUAUUCAUUACCAUUUUUAUACUCAGUGUAAUAAUUUAUAAUGUAGUAGAAUUAGGUGGUAGUUAAUGAAAGUAGUAAACUGGAAAAGGCUUAUGUAACAAUCCAAUUUCAUCAAUCAAGGGUCUGCUUCCCUCAUACCCCAUACGAAAUCAUAUUUAUUCUUCUGUGAGUGCUUUUGUUUAUUUCUAGAAUUUAUGCAUAUUUAUUUCAGGUUCCUCAAUACACAACCAAGAUGAUAACCUGGAUGUUGACUUUGCAGUAUUAUUAUUCUUUAUGUCCUAUUAACAGGUAUAAAUCUGUGAUGAAAUUGUUUUUAAAAUUUGCAAUUAAUAUUAUGUUUGCAUUCAUUUAAAUUGUUGAAUGCAGAUACACAAUAUAAACCGUGGGUGGCUAAGAGCACCCAGUUUUUGAAAUGGGAACAAGAUUAGCGCAGUCUGAAAACUGACAUUUCAUUUCAUGUACCACAUCAGCUAAUUUUCUGUCAAAAUUAAUAUUUCUCCUAGUGGAGGGAACCUCAGCAGCAAAAGAAUUAAGCAGACUACAAAUGUAAGCAAAUGCAAACUAAGUCAAAUGUCUUGUUCUUAUUUCGAUGACUGAUAAACAGGUACUCAUUUUUUAAUCAUACGGUAAUAUUCAAUUUACUGUGAUGUUCUGUUUGUGAUACACUUGCACAGGUUAUAAUUAGGAAUAUAUGAGUUUCUGAGGGCACGACAUCUUGUCCCCAACUGGUGUAACAUUGACAUGCUGAUGGUGGUUCUGUUCUUACCAAAGAGGUAUUUUAAUUUCCUUCAUACACCAUGGGAGCACUUGCAUACAGGCCACUGAGUUGUCUUUUUGCACAGUUAAAGAGUCUUCUAUUUGAAAAAUAAUUGCACAGAAGUUAAUUUAGUUCUUCAGAGGAACAACAGAAAUUGCCUCUAAUGCUGCAAAUCUAAUUGUUAUACCAUAUACACCAGGCAGGUAUACAUAGAAGUAAACGGUAGUUUUGAAACAUAGAUAACAUUACAAAAUAAUUAGUCUUCAAUUUUAUUCAGAUUGUUUACUUCGUAACUGGUUAUCAUUUUGGAAAAUGUGUAAUGUUGAACACAGCAGAUGGUCAGAUUGUGGACUCUCUUACAAAAUUAAUAAAAUAUAUUCCAUGCACAGCAAAUAAUGACAUGAAUAAAUAAUGUAACUUAAUUAGUACAUUCAAAUUAAUGAGAAAAGGAGUAUUUUUAGAAACUACCAUGAGUAGAGUAUGAACUUUUGUAUUUCGUCACUAAAUCAGAACAACUGCUUGUCAACAUAGUAUUCCAGCUGUGUUACUUAGAUUUGUACUAACAGUUCACUGGUAUUCAUUUUUAAGGACAUUAUUGGACCAUUUAUUCAGUGAUCAUAUGCCAUACAUUAUUCAUUGUUGUGAUGUGAAGGUUUGUCGUACUAAGAAGUGGACUUGAACUUUAGUAAACUGCAGUUGUCACCCAAUUUGUGUAAGAUGCCGAGAACGGGCUGCAGAAAUUGUAUCAUUUCAAUUUGUACAACUCUACUGAGGUAGCACUUGAAUUUUAGGGUACCUGAAUUUUAGGAGCUUGAAUUUUUGAUAACAUUCUACUACAUUCCUCAUUAUCCAGCCUGCUGUUUAUUUGAUAUGGUGUAUUGAAACACAUUAUUAGUAUCUAUUGAAUGUGCAGCCAUCAUUGUGUUCAAAGCUGUAAUUCACAAAGACAGUGUCCCUUCUCAGCAUGUUUGUCAUGAUCUUUGACAAACUGGCUUUGUGUGUCAAAUUGUGAACAAAUAUACAAAAUAUAUUUUAUUUAUUCCAUUUACUACCAGUAGUAAAACAAAUAAAUAAGAAAACUUCAUCAGUACAGCCAGUACUUAAAAUAACAACCACACCCCAGGAAAGAUGUAGAGGUGCUGGGAAUGCCGUCCUUUCGACUCAUUAUAUCAAAACUAAAUUGCUGUGUACUGUUUUAUUGAACAUCAAAGUUAGUUUCUCCACACUAUAAAGGUACAUUUCUUUCUAUGGUGUCAUUUCAAGCAUGUGGAAUAUGAUCACUUAGCAAAUAUAUAUAUAUAUAUAUAUAUAUAUAUAUAUAUAUAUAUAUAUAUAUAUAUAUAUUCUUUUGUCUGCCUUCCAGAAUACUCACCUGUUUCUUGAUACAUUUAUUUGUGUAACACAAUGGAUGUUGGCACUGAAGUCCUGCUGAAUCUCAAGACCUGUGUGUCACUUAUUACAUAUAGUGUCAAUGCUAAUGACUUUCCUCUUCUGUGUGGGAAGUGGAAGUUUAGAGUACAUUCAUUGUAAUAUAUUGUCACAGAGGUGCUAAAAACGUAAGAUAGUUGGCAGCUACCUCUGCAUUUACAUGUAUGCAUGUGUAAUUGUCUCCUAAUGGUUGUCACAGUGAAGGGUAAAUGAGGCCGUAUAUCUUCAGAAACAAUUUGUGUGUGUGGUUUAUAUAUUUCCAUUUGCUGAAGUAAGACUGCAAGAGUAAACAGAAAAUAUGUGUCUCUUGGUAACUGAAUUAUGCACAUUUACCCAAAUUUGCCACUAUCUAGAAAUAAAAUUGGUCAAAUAAUAAAGAAAUAAAGUUAUUGAUGCAAAAUACCUAAAUAUUACCACAUUUUUAGAAAAAGAGUCUAUGCAGUGCGUUUGUUGGUAAAAGUGUUAAUUGUAGAAUAUGAGAAUUGUAGCAACUGGAAUAGGAAGGAGUAUAGUAUGUUACUGUGUUAAAAUAUGUAUGUUCUCUUAUUUGUAUCCUCCAUAGAACUGCAUUAAUUAAGUAUUUAUAUAAAAAUGUGAGAUGUAUUGUAUAGAGUUUCCAAUUGCCAAAUAAAUUUUUUUAACAAA